CCAAAAUUCCAGUACCGUGCUGGAGAUUGGAAUCUGGAGAAAGCGGAAGAAACCCUAACUGAGUUUCCGAAUUUGUCGUAACGUAAAAUUUCGGUAUCGCAUUCUUUUCGAUUGUUUUUGUCUCUUUGAUUCUCCGGUUGGAUACUCGCGAUCAACCCGUACAUCAAAAUCGAUUCUUACACUGCAAUUCAGUUUGAAUCGACAUGGCUAGUAGCUCGUUCAAGUUGGAACACCCGCUUGAGAGGAGACAAGCUGAAGCUUCUCGCAUUCGGGAGAAGUAUCCAGACAGAAUUCCAGUGAUCGUUGAGAAGGCUGACAGAAGUGAUGUCCCCGGCAUUGACAAGAAAAAAUACCUUGUACCGGCUGAUCUAACCGUGGGGCAGUUUGUGUAUGUUGUCCGUAAAAGGAUCAAGCUUGGCGCCGAAAAGGCCAUCUUUGUCUUUGUCAACAACACGUUACCACCAACUGCUGCAUUGAUGUCUUCAAUCUAUGAAGAGAACAAAGACAGAGACGGGUUUCUCUACAUGACUUACAGUGGGGAGAACACCUUUGGUUAGGCUUGUUUUUCUGUGUAAUCUGUUUCAUGGCUCCACAUGUACAUAUAUACUUAUUUAACUUCGAAUUAUGUAAAUUAUGUAAAUGUUGUGUAGUUGAAUCCUUCCUCUUCCCCUGCACAA